UUCAGUAAACUUAUCCGAAAAAUUUGGAUCUGAUCCUGUAACUGAUGAAUCUUCCGAAAGUGAAGGAGAAACAGGACCAUCUAAGUCAUUCCACAGAAGGAUAUCUACCUCAAAAGCCAUUAAAAGUGGUGUAUGUAUCAAAGAAGGAUUUUUGAUGAAACAAACAAGCUCUUUUCAAAGGUGGAAAAGGAGGUAUUUCAAAAUCAAGCCCAGAAAAUUAUACUAUGCAAAAGAUAGCAAGUCUGUGAUUUUUGAAGAGGUGGACCUUACUGACCUCAGCAUAGCAGAAUGUAGUAUAAAAAAUGUCAAUCAUAGUUUCCAGGUCAUUACUCCAUUUCGCCGUUUAAUCCUUUGUGCCGAAUCUCGAAAAGAGAUGGAGGAAUGGAUAACUGCCCUUAAAAAUGUCAGCAAUAAAGAUUUUUAUGAGGGUAUAGAUCAUCAUGAAUUUCUAUCUGGUCAACAUAACUGGUACGUAACAUCUCAUGCCCGACCCACGUACUGUAAUGUCUGUAGAGAAGCUUUGUCAGGAGUAACAUCUCAUGGUGUGUCCUGUGAAGUGUGUAAAUUUAAAGCCCAUAAACGUUGUGCGGUAAAAGCUCCUAAUAGUUGUAAAUGGACCACAUUAUCAUCUGUAGGUAAAGAUAUUAUCGAAGAUGAAGACAUUAAUAUUGCCAUGCCUCAUCAGUGGUUAGAAGGUAAUCUGCCUGUCAGUGCAAAAUGUAGUAUCUGUGAUAAAACUUGUGGAAGUGUUUUGAGAUUACAAGAUUGGAGGUGCCUUUGGUGUAGAGCCAUGGUACAUUCUUCUUGUAAAGCCCAAUAUCCCGAAAAGUGCCCUCUUGGUGUUUGCCGUGCCUCCAUAGUUCCGCCUACUGCUCUUCACAGCAUUGGCAAUGAUGAAUCUUGGAAAGCAACAUGUCCUUUAGGAUGUAGUCCUCUUCUAGUAUUCGUUAAUUCUAAGUCAGGAGACAACCAAGGUGUUAAGUUUUUGAGACGUUUUAAACAGCUGCUCAAUCCUGCGCAAGUGUUUGAUCUUAUGAACGGGGGACCAGGUUUGGGGUUAAGGAUGUUUAGAACAUUUAAUCCAUUCCGUAUUUUAGUUUGUGGGGGUGAUGGAAGUGUUAGCUGGGUGCUAACAGAAAUUGACAAACUAAACAUGCAUAAUCAGUGCCAAGUAGGAGUCUUGCCUUUAGGAACAGGAAAUGAUUUAGCUCGUGUUUUAGGAUGGGGGUCCUCCUGCGAUGAUGAUGCUCAGCUUCCUCAGUUACUAGAAAAAUAUGAAAAAGCCACUGUUAAGAGUUUAGAUAGGUGGUGUAUCAUGACAUAUGAAGGAACUUUAGUAUCAAGGAGAAAAAGUCAAAUUGAGUUUGAGCCAAUCAGCCAGUAUGAAGAUUCUGUUGUUACGCACCUGACAAAGAUACUUCAUUCUGAUCAACAUUCAGUUGUUAUUUCUUCGGCAAAAGUUCUUUGUGAAACAGUUAAGAAUUUUAUUGCAAAAGUAGGAGUAGCAUAUUCCAAGGGAAAUGUUGAUGAAGAAGAUACUAUGACUCAUAAAUGUGAAGUACUGAAUGAAAAAUUGGAGAAGUUAUUACUUGCCUUGAAGGAGGAGUCUUCAGCGUCCUAUGAACUACUAGAGAAAAAAUUAGAAAAAGAAGGGAUAACAGUUGAAACACCUGAUUCAGUAGUUUCAGAAAGUGAAUUACCAUCUGACCGGCCAAAAAAGACUACUUUCAUCCAAAGAGAAGCUCUUAUGUCCAGGGCUAAUAGCUUAAAAAAAGCAGUGAGGCAGAUCAUUGAACACACAGAAAGAGCUGUUGAUGAGCAAAAUGAACAAACUGGUGAUAGAAAUCCCGAUGGAUUCGGAUCUGCCAUCUCAGAUGCAGCGACCUUAUCUCCAGAUGAAACUCACAUGAAACUAUCUGAGUCCCAAAGCGUACCUGAACUUUCGCCAACUGUCAUAUUAGAUGAAGAACGACCUUCCAGGCCUGAUUCAUUGUGGAAUCCUUGGGGUUCUUCAAUGGGUCAAAGUGUUGGUGCAUCACUAAAAGACACUUUGCAAGUGACUCUGCCUACCAUAGAAGGUGGUGCUAGUGCAGACAGUUCACCAUGUCCAUCUCCUCAUCCAAAUGCUUCGCCUGCCAUUUCGCCUUGUUCAUCACCCAUUUCAGAAAAGCCUACGCCUGAAUCUCUCUCAUCAUUUCCUCCUGAAGCCAGCUUAAGUCCUGAAUUACAGUCUCUCUCAACUGACAUAUCGCAUUUUCUUCCCCAUAGCGAGACUGAUGAUACAAUAGGAGCUGGUAGUUUAUCAGGGACCAAAAAAAGUGAAACUGCUCAAUCUCCCACUGCUACUCGCCGCAUCAGCAGUGGAGCAACUCUCAAACAGAUAGGCACAGCUACAUUUCAGCUUGGAUCGGGAGUAAAUAUGCCUCUGGUUCCUGGGCAAGCACAUGAGCGAACAUUCUCCGAAAGUAGUCAAGCCGAUAGUAGAGAAUUCCCAAUUAUCAAUCCACUUGCAUCGCUCCCCAUGUGGCCAAACUUAAAUAAAGACAGUCUGAUUGGAAAAGUUUUAUUAGCUAAUGCUGAUGCCCUUUGUGCUGCAGCCUCUCCUUUGAUGGAUGUUGAAGAAAUGUCUCUAGAAGGGUUUGAUGAAAAGUGUGUCAUGAAUAAUUAUUUUGGAAUUGGUGUCGAUGCUAAAAUAUCUCUUGAAUUCCACAAUAAAAGAGAAGAACAUCCUGAAAAGUGCAGAUCUCGCACAAGGAAUUUGAUGUGGUAUGGUGUUCUUGGUGGUAAAGAGCUUUUACAUAAAACAUUUAAGAACUUAGAACAGAGGGUUCAUUUAGAAUGUGAUGGUAGAAGAAUACCAUUACCAUCUCUACAAGGCAUUGUAGUUAUGAACAUUCCAAGUUAUGGUGGUGGAUCUAACUUCUGGGGUGGCACAAAAGAAGAUGAUGUUUUUUAUGCACCUGCAUUUGAUGAUAAAAUAUUGGAAGUUGUAGCAGUCUUUGGCACUGUUCAAAUUGCUGCAUCUCGAGUAAUAAACUUGCAACAUCACAGAAUAGCUCAGUGCAGGUCAGUAAAAAUUAUCAUUUUGGGUGAUGAAGGUGUUCCUGUUCAAGUGGAUGGAGAAGCAUGGAUUCAACCACCUGGUUAUAUUUGUAUUGUACAUAAAAAUAGAACACAAGUGCUAUGUAGAAACAGACAACUUGAGACUAGCAUGAAAAUGUGGCAUGAUAAAAGGAAUUUAAGCCGUUCAAUGCAGCUUGGGCCUUUAACUGAAGAAGAGACUCAUCUAGUUGGCAGCUUUAGUGAAGCAGCUGUUGCACUUAUCAAAUGUGUAAAGUUUACUGCUAUAUCUCAUGCUACAGUUCAACAAGAUCUGUUUCCAAUAGCUACACAAGUUGCAAGUUAUAUUGAAAAGUUAUAUCAUGCUGGCAAACUUGUAGAUGGGACUAAUACUAGGCAAACUUUAACUGAUCUAGUUUUUACUGUUCGGCAUUUAUUGCAAGAAGUGUCAACAUUAAUGAAAGAAAAAUGUGAAGAAAUUAUUGGUACAGAAUUAGAGGACAAGUUGAAUUUUGCCUGCAGUCAAAUGGAAAAGGAGCUUAGGAAUUGCACAGAGAAUCAAGGUUGGAUGUAUUUUCACAGUGAUGAAGAACCUGGCACUCAAGAGCAGAAAAGAUACAAGGGGCUGUUCAAGCUUAAAUUCCGAAGCAAGCAGGCCAAGGGCAAGCCAUCAGAUCCAUCCUGUCAAGGCAGUGCAGGAUGUAACAAUAGCAGCACUCCCUGUGAAGGAUCAGGCUGCGGAACUCCCGAGGCUACUGGUAGCCUCUGUGGGGAUCCUCUUGUUUCAUCUGUACUGACUUGGGGUACAUCAGAAGUUGCACUGUGGCUGGAAUCUGUUCAAAUGGGGGAAUACAAGGACUGCUUUAUCCGCCAUGAUAUACAGGGUCCAGAAUUGUUACAUUUGGAAAGGAGAGAUCUUAAGGAAUUAGGUGUAACUAAAGUUGGUCACAUCAAGCGGUUGCUUCAAGCUAUCAAGGACAUUACAUCUCACUCCAUUGGAAGGAAACUUGCAUUAUUAUGAUCUGCCUUUACCA